ACAUAGUCUCGUUUCGCCCCUUCCUUUAUUGCCAGGUUCAGUUUGCCCCGUCACGACACGCUUGUCCCUGGCUAUGCGCCAUCUUAGCAGCCCUUUUAUUGUUCGCUAUCGAUUGAACCGCCUUGGGGUUCGCUCUCUUGCGUCUUCGGUAGCAUACCCGCCUGGCGGUCUCUGCCCCCUCCAGCAGCCUGUCCUGCUGCACGGGUGCUCAACCAUCACUCGCUCUGCGAGCGUUGCCAACUUAACGACCCUGUCGCGCAUAGCAGCGUUCCCUCCCAGGAUGAACGGUCACGGUGACAUCAAUAAUGCCCACGCCGGUCGCGCCGUCAUUGAGAUCCCCGUGGAGGAGGCAUACCUGGAGCGGUCCCUGGCAAUGGCUGCAGAGGACGACGAUCCGGACACGCGCGCCCGCUACCGUCCUUUUAUCUUGCCCGACACAGCAGCCGAAGACGAUUGGGUGGCUAAGCUGGAGCUCACCGCGGCAAUGAGCAUGGUCGACCGCGAGAUUCUGCAGCGCGGCGCUCCUCGGCUGCGUAUCCUCGUGCUGGUCGGUAGCUUGCGAAGCCGUUCCUAUAGUCGACUCUUGGCAUACGAAGGCGCCCGGAUUCUUGAUCGACUGGGCUGCGAUGUUCGCGUUUACGACCCAUCUGGUCUGCCGCUCAAGGAUGAUGUCCAGCAUGAGCAUCCAAAGGUGCAGGAACUUCGACAACUGAGCAUGUGGAGCGAUGGCCAGUUCUGGGUCAGCCCGGAGCAGCACGGCGCCAUUACGGGCAUCUUCAAGAUGCAAAUUGACUGGAUUCCGCUCAGCGCUGGGUCGGUGCGCCCGACGCAAGGCCGUACCCUUAGCGUCGCGCAGGUCUCCGGUGGCUCACAGAGCUUCAACGCAGUCAACACUUUGCGCCUUCUGGGUCGGUGGAUGCGCAUGUUCGUCAUUCCGAAUCAGAGCUCUGUGCCCAAGGCGUAUACGCAAUUUACGCCUGAGAACGACGAAAAAGGACAAGGGGCUUCUCGCAUGAUCCCGAGCUCUAAUCGCGACAGACUGGUAGAUUGCAUGGAGGAGCUCGUCAAGUACACCAUCGUUAUGCGGCCGCAUUUCGACCUCUUUCGCGACAGAUUUAGCGAGAGGAUGGAGAAAAGGGUGAAGAUGGCCGCGCCUUGAGAGCCUGUAAUUCGUUACCUCUCUUCAACAUUCAUAUUCCCCUUCUUGUCUGCCUCUCCGGCUGUGUGACUCUCGACCAUGGUUCUCCUAGCAUUCGUAACACGUCAUGAUCUCUCAAUGUUUCUGAAGCUCUGCUGGGGACGCUUGCGCCACUUGAUUUGACUGCAUGCUGAAUAGCGCAAGCCGCCGAAGGCAGCGGCGACUGUACCAAGAUGUUACCUCACUGUGCUAUGCUAAAUCACGAGCCGCUGCUAACGAAUGACA